AUGCCAACGUCGGACCCGGUAAGAAGUUGGAUGUUUUUUUGAUCCAAUGGUAUAACUUUUUUUAUUUGAAAUAAUAUUAUUGAAAAAUUAGGAGAAACCAUUUGGUUCAGCGCUUUUCAAAUUGCCCGAAAAAGGCUAUUUUUUUGGUUCGCAUGAGCUUUCUGAAAGUAUCAACGCAUAAAUUUUUGCGAAGCGUCAAGAGGAAAUCUACCCAAUACUUUGUGUCUAACGCGACUAUGACCCUCUGAGAUAUUCCACGUGCGAUUAAUUAAUUAUCAGUCUUAAAGGUGAUGAUAAUGAAGGAAUUAUCCUAAAUUAUCCGUUAGCUUUUGACAAAAGAUUCAGAAAACUUCUGUAUUUUCUUAUUCUUUUUUUCGAAAUCUUUCAAGUUUUUACUAAAUCGGAGUACUAAUAUUUUCCUGAAUAUAUAUAUUAUUUUUUUUUGGGAAGCUGGCAAGUCUUCGAACCAAGCUAGAGAGCGGAAACAAAAAAACUAAACUCGUAAAGAUCUUCUUAUCUUGAAAACUAAUUUAUUCUUCUUUUCUAAAUUUUUUUCUCUUCUUUCAAUUUCUUCCGUUGAAAUUUCGAAUAACCUGCUUUUGAAUUAUUUCUUUGCAUUUUAACAGAAAGUAAUCUGGGAAAAUCUGGAAGAGAAUAAUUUAGUGGGUAAAAGAGGGCGAUGCAUGUGGAGCAGUGUGGAUGAGGAGCACGAAAAUAACAAGCAACAGAAAAAAGGCCACCCUUUCUUUUCUUUUUUUUUCGUUUUUCUGCUCCUGCUGCCGAUUAUUGCAGUGUCUGACGUGGAUGUGAAUUUUUUUUCUUCCUUUUUCUACCUCUUAUUUAGUUCCUUUAGGCCUCAAUAUUGUCAUUUCGCUCAAAAAAACUUGCUUUACUCUUAAAGCUUUAUAGAUAUGAGAUUCAAAAAAAGAAUCUUUCAUUUGCUUCCGGGUCCUAAGUUCCAGCUUUUCUCAAAUGCAUAGAGAAAAGAAAAGGACUUUAUGAAGGCUUCUUUUUCUCUCAAGGUUUUUCUUGCAGGGUCCGUCAACUCCGGUAAAAACUGUAGAUGAUCGCCAAACUCCGAUAAAUGGUUUCAAAGUUGCUUCAAGUCCAGUUCUAUGAAGAUUUUCCAGAGAAAUGGUCGGAAAAGAAUCUGGAAAAUGAUGAAGACGAGGAAAUGAAUCGACGCUUCUUCCUGCCACCCGGCUAUCGCUAUUUUGAGGUAUAUAUGAAAGUCUAUUUGAUGGACUGAAAGGUUUUUUUUCCUUCGGGCUCGAUACUAUACGGAUUCACUUUGAAAGUUAAAGUAUUAAAAAACGCUUUAAUAAGGUGAAAUUUGUUUUUUUUUUCUUGUUUUUCAUGAUUUUAAUGCCAUUUCUGAAGUAAUUUCAACGAAAUAGUAAUGAUGGUCAGAGGGUGAAAAAGACAACGAAGAUUUUGGAGAGCCAAAGAUCUUUUCGAGCUUCCCUAAAUUACUUUGACUGCGGCAGGAAGAGUUGUUUGAAAACACCAAGAAUAGAUUUCAUUCGAGUCUUUUCCUUUUUGAUUUGUUCUGACACGUUACCAUGGCUCAUUUCCUUUCAUUUUUUUUUUCUUCGGAAACUAGCUUAGCUGCAAAUGACGCGUGGAAUAUUGAAAUCUCGCGUGAGCCUUUUUUCAUUCUGUAUUAGUUUAUUUCUAGGUAUGAUACGUUGAAAGUACAUCGGACUUUUGAACUAUAGUCAGAUUGGGCAUUUCGAGCUCUCUAGUGGCAUCCCAGUAAAUCACAGCUCAUUCUUUCAUCAAGCGUCUUCUCUUGUUCAGAGAAAUAGAGCUAGCUCAUAGGGAAAAAUUUCGCAUUUUAACGAAUUUAGAAAGCCGUUUGUCUACUUGUAGCGUUCACUUUUAUACUCUCGUUCUAGUUUGAAAAAAGAAGAAGUAGCUUUUCUGAGACUUAUACUAAUACACAAAAAAAAAUUGAAUUUCUUCUUCCAGUUGGACGCUUUAAAUUACUUUCAAGAAAGAUACGUAGAUUAUUUGAAGAGCGAGAGAUUUUAUAAGCUUCUAAGUAUUGGAGAAUGGAAUUUGUCGUUUUCUUAUGGCUUUGAAAAUUUUUGAUGAUCUAAUAGAGGAAGUUUCGCAUCACGUUAUUUAAUAGCAACCUAGAAAUUGUAUUUUUCUUAGAAUAAAUGUCUUUGAAUGAGCCAGCAGAAAAAAGGAAUAAAUAGUGAAAAAAUCCACAACUGCUUUCAAAUUAAAAUUGUGACAAACGUAGUAAAUGUUCUGAAUAUAAGUGUUCAGUCGUUCUAAUUAGACUCGUGUGCUUGAGAAAGUGAAAAAAAGAACCUCAGCCCAAUUUUUUGGGCAGUUCUUGUUGAAUUGAUUUAGUGAAAAAAGAGAGCAGAAACCCGAACCGAAAUUGGCUUGUCUCAUUUUCCACUUGCUCUUUCGCCGCCUCUCUACGACUUGGCUUUCUUGGGUUAUUUGUGUGACGCGCUUAAAGGAUUCACCACUCUCGAUGAUGCCAAAAUUUCCUCGUUUUCCGCUUUUUUUUUCGUUUUCCAUCUACUGAAUUAAUUUUGUCUGAACCGUUUCCUAAUCGUCAAAAAUUUUUAGUUUCGUAGAUGAAUUUUUACUCGACAUUUUUUCACAGUCAUUCCUUGAAUCGCUCAAAUUUUCAUUCGAUCAAAUGAUAAUAGUACGUUUGUAGCUUCUGGGUGCAAUUUCGCGUCUCGCUCUUAAUUAUAGAUGCCCUGGGUUGUUCAUCUUCAUCGGAGGGAAUAAAUAAUACGCGUAUCCUUCCACCCACCUUUUUCUCUCAUUUUUUUCCUCUCCUCCAACUCGCCCAUAAACUACUUCAAUCUUCAUCCGAGUUGAGUUUAUGCGCUUCCACGGACCGCCGCGCACUUUUUUCUUCUUUUUUUUUUGCUCUCUCGCCGCUUCCUUUUUUGCCUUCUCUUUACUUGGCUGCACCCAGUUGUCAUUUUUUUGGAUAUUCAUUGUCCUUUUUUGGCGACGUUUCUUCAAGAAUUGUUUUUCUCUCUCGAAAUUUUUUGGGAAACUUUAUGAAAAAAGUGUUUUGAAAAGCCGUUGAAAUUGCAUUUUGAACGGGGGAGGUGCCCAUUUUUCGCGUCGUAGUUUUUUCGUCUGACGGGAUCUUGUAGUUUUUUCAGAGGGUUCAGUUUUAAGUUUGAAAAAUGGUGGGAGUUUUUUUUAAAAUAAAGUUUUUUUCGUUUUCCAUGUCUAAAUACAUUUUUUUCUGACGCGGUUUCAUUCUAUUUCACUAGAGAUUUCAAUUUUUUUAUAACUUAUCUUCCAAAAUGAUGCAUGAUUUCAGCUGCCGUCUUCUUCGCAACUCGCCGAGCAAAAAAGCGGCGCGAUAUCGUCGUCGACGACGCUCCCUUGUACUUCUUCAGCACCGACAACGACAACCUCAUCGCCGGCGGUCGUUGAACGUUUGAGACGAUUUGGCGAUGUCGCGUCCGAUUCGAAACUCGCGACAACGCCUUCAAGACCCAAUGAUGACCUGAGCCGUGUGCCGCCGGCUGUCAUCAUUCAGCUUGGUGGGAUUCGAGUUUCAUGAAGAUCCGAUUUUUCUCAGUUCACUCACCAAUUUCGCUUCAAAAUUUGACUUCAAAGAUAAAAAAAUGGGACGCUUCCGUGUUUAUAAUAAGUUAGGAUUUCGCGAGAAAAAAAAAUUGAUUUGAAAAAAAAAACGGAAGACCUAAUGAAAAUGUUACCAGUUAAAGUGAGAAAAAGUGAAACAAUUUUGUGACUCGAGAUCGCUUUUUUCCAUGAGGACGUCCGGCUGCUUUUUGAAAAGGAAAAAAAAAACUUGGCAACUUAUAAGUCUUAACUAUUCCCACGAUGUUUUCCUAAUCUUUUUUUAAGCAUUGUUAUUGAAAAAAAUUUUUCUCAACUCAUGAUUAAAAUGUAUCCAUUCAUUUGUGAAAUUUUCUUCCAGCUUUUCUCAGUUUUUCAUACGCCAGCUUAUCAAGGUCUCUUUUUUAUAACCAAAGAGCCGUACACCUUUUCUUAUUAGUAAAAAAAAGGCGAAGCCGCCCCAAAAGUUGUACUUUCUAAUGUCUGAAAAAACGUAGCAAGCGGCUGAGUUCGCAAUAUACCCUCCUUCAAAAAAAAAGUGUCUCUUUGACUGGCGACUUUCAAAUGCAGAACAAAAAGAAGGCAUUCUCGACCGAGACUAAACAAGACAUCGAAGAAACGAAUAAGUGGAUGAAUUAUUAACACGACUGCUUUUUGUUUUUUGUUUUGUUUUGGCCGGCCGAGGGAAUAACAUAAGGAAGAUAAAGACAUUGAGGAAAAAAAAACGAGAAAUUUCAGAAAAGGCCAACCGAACGAUUGCCUCCCAGACUCUUGAGAUUGAGAGGUUCGUUUUCCCUUUUUUUUCUAGGUUUUUGAGAAGAAUUGUUUAGACUGAGAGCUUCGGACCAACAAGUGGAGACAGAUUAUCUACGGGCACAAGUCAACGAACUUGAACGGGAGAUGCAGUGAUUUUUCUUAGAAAUCGUUGAAAAUAAUUCUUUUUAGAGACGAGUCUGAGCUAUUCCGAAUAAUUUUUGAUAAUUUUUUAGCAUUCAUGUAGUUGAUUUUCGUUUGAAAACAAUAUUUUGUGUAACCAAAUUUUUUUAAUGAGAGAUGAAUAAAUGACUAAUUUAUCGAAUCUUUUUUAAAUAAUAUAAUUCAAGAAGUAGCCGCGAGCGAUUUUUGGAGCAAGAGGAACUUUUGGCGGAGAUGAAUCACGAAAUGGAGGUUUUGCUCCGUGAGAAACGAGCUAUGCAGGUUUCACUCCGUUUGAAAAUAUAUAAUUAUGAAUGAAUUUUCAGGCAUCUUAUCUUGAACUUGAGAAGAAGUACAAACGUGCGAAGCUGGCCAGCAAAGAGCUGACGAAAAUUCUGGAGGUAGAGGAAAUUAUUAAGACUGAUCGUUUUUAACUGAGGCCUUUUUUGUUGAGAUUUUCAGACCAUCUAAAAAAAAUAAAUCAAUAUGUAAUAUAAACGAAAAGCAGUCAUUUACGGAGGAGGAAGCCCCCUAGAACCUUCGUACUGAAAAUUUGCUUGUUUUUCUGCAUAUUGUUUCUUUUUUUAAAUCAUUUUUUUGAGCACCUUAAAAGCAGCUUGAAAAUGUUUCGUGGUAGAAAAAAACCGAUUUCACUGCAACUUCAGAACGACGUGAUGUGCUUAUCGACGCCGUCACGCCUACCAGCUGGCUCAAACUCGAUCGACAGAACUCCGGACGGCGCGACAUCGCUUGUCGAGAGAUCGCGCGCGAUGGCCAUCCAGCAGGAGAGCGAGGACCGUCGCGACAGAAGCGAAGCUCUCAAUGAGAGUGUGCGCCAUCGGAAGGCGGUCCGUUCUAGCUUGUAGUCUGUUAAAAAGCUCUGGGAGUAUUUAAAGGAGCAUACGCUCUUUUCUGAAAAGUCUCAGCACGAAGACCUUAUUCCGUUGUUGAAAACGCCAUCACAAUCAAACUUUUUUCCUCAAAAAUCGAUAUUUGCCUCAAUUUUUGUUUUUUGUAAAAAAUAAAAAAAAAGAUUUUAUGGGUCUUCUUCUGUUUUAAAGUCCUUCCCAUUUGUUUUUUUGACUUUUCUUGAAGUUUUUUUACAGAGCAAAGCCGAAGAACAAACGAAAGAGAUUCUCCAGCGAGUUUUAGUUGAGAAUGAAGAUCUGCUCUUGGAAUUGGAAAGGUUUUUCUUUUUUGAUUUUACGGAGGAAUGAUUUUUACAUCUUAGUAAAUGGGUUGAUAAUUUACGAUCUUUUAGGGACACGAAUAAACCGAUUCAGUAUAUAAUUUUUUUUUUUCUGAAUUUUCUUCUACAAUUUUACGUGGAAACUGAACAUCAUUCGCUUUUCUUCAAUAAAGCAAAAUUUAAAACAGUUUUCUUUGAAAACUUUGAAUGAAUCGCAUUUUUUGCAUUUGCUUCAGAGAAAGGCGCACAGCGACGUCUUUACACGACGAUCUGGAAACGAACAGACGAUUGGUUUGGCCGAUUUCUGAAUACUUUUAUUAUUUUUGUUAUUUCGGGUUCUUGACCGAGACGAGGAGAUUAUGAACUUGAAAGAACAACUAAAAAAGGCGGAUUCGAAAGCGUUGCAGGUGAUUUUUUAAGAUUUCUUAUGUCUUUUUUUUGCUUUUAAUAAAUCUAAUCACUUAUUUAGCCCACAAAGACAUUUGUUCAUUUUUUCUAGCCUAUUUCGCGGCAGCUUGUCACUAUCACUGUUUUCCCCCAAAAAAAAACUCUUCCCUUCGAUGCGUGUAUCCUGUCUCUGUACAUGCGCCUUUAAUAUAGCGGAAACUUUCGGGUAAAUUAGAGGCCGCAUGCAUAGACACAGGUCGGGUGCAAAAAUGGUAAUGUAUCUCGGAAGGAAGAGAAAAUCGUGACGAGCUGUAGCAGAAUGAGCUAAACCUUUAUGCAGUUAUAACCAAUGAAUACCUCACAAAUUACUAGCUUAUUUCAGUGCGAGAACGAUUUGUCGAGAACAAGUACAGACUUGGCGCUGGAAAGAGCUCGAUGUGAUGCUCUGACUUUGGAGCUGCACGAACUUGACGCCAUGUUCACGCAGGUUGACCCAUUUUUCGUAGCCCGUUCAAGUUUAUGUCGUGACUGAAGGAUUCGUCCGAUUGAUUUCAAAAGAUUACUGAUUUUUUUUUUGUUUUAUACUUCGAUGUAUCGCAAGUAUUUAUUGUUCUGCACGAACAAAUAGGAUGGUUCCAUAUGUGUUUAUUUUAUUUUCAGGAGUAUUUUUAAAAAUAACCCAUCGCACAUGGAAACAACCGAAAUAUGCCGAAAUAUCUGGAUUUUUUUGGAUUGAAAAAUUUUGAACCUGCUUCUUUUUUUCUAACUGCUCUUUGCAUCGAAUGUUUCGUGUAGUUGAUUAUUAUUGAACGGAUUUUUUUAAAAAUUCACAUGCUCAGUUUUUUUCAUAUAUAAAAAAGUUUCUUGAUUAUUUGAAUAUACUCAGACGCAAUCGACAACGCAAGCCUAUGCGAUGGAAAACGAGGAGCUGAUUGAAAAAUGCCGACAAGCUCAACAGGCCGUCAUUACUCUCAACGCCAAGCUGUAAGUUUCAUUCUUUAAAGUUUUUUCCCCUUUUUGAAGUUAACGAUCAAUGAAGUAUGUUCAGAAACGAUUGCGCUUUGUGUUGUCCGUGUAAGUAUUGAUUCAAAGUUUUCAUUUUGUUUCGUGUGUUCCUAGUUUGGCUUUUUUUUUCUGUGAACUAUGUGGUUUUUUCAACAAUAUAUGGUUCUGUAAAGAUAUGACGUUACAGAAAACUUCAUUCAAAAAAAAAUUUCCAUCUUGAAACCGCUGGGAUUUCGAACGAAGGCUCAAGAAAGUCCUCAAUGAAUUAUGCUUGAGAUUUUUUAUUAUGUCAUUGCACAAACUAUAGCUGAUUCACGGCUGGCUUGAGACAUUAAAAAAAAAGGUCCUGACACGAUAAUAAACGAGAAAGUUCGUACAUUCGUAGAGAGCGCAGACACGCUACGACCUCUUAGCGUCUCAAGUUAGCCGUGAAUCGGCUAUAUUGUUUUUGAGAUGAUUCAAGAGGAUAACUGCCUUCUAUAUAAAUUCAAUAGCGUUUUGAACUUUUUCUACUAAUUUAAAAAAAGAAUGUAAAAACGUAUCGAAAUGCUUUUUUUUAAAAAGCUUCUUCACGUUUGGUGUUGCGUAUUUGAUUUCUAAAAUUCAUGCAUAAAUUCAUUUUCAGAUUAUUUGUGUCAACAUACUCACUCACCCUUUCCCCUGUUUUGCUGUUAAUCUAAACAAAACUUUUUCUCAAAAUUGUAUUUUUAAACUCAGUUUUCUUUUCAGAGAAGCCCAAGGAAUCGACCUGAUCAAUACGAAGCGAACGCUGCGAAACCUACAACAGAAUGUGCCUUUAGGAACAAACUGA